UCUGUUUCUGCUUUAUUUCUCUCGCGAGCAAACAAUUCACUUUACAUUUGAGUUAGAGAAAUGGCGCAAGGAAACGAAGGUGAGGACAACCGAAACGCCGUCGAUUCUUCUGACUCACUCGUGGUGGAAACAACCAACACUCAGAGGCAGCGAUUGGCCGCCGGAACCCUAACAUGCCCACCGGAGCCGGAGCUUCCAGCUCUUCCUUUUGAUCUCCUGCCUGAGAUUCUGUGUAGGCUUCCGGUGAAAUUACUCGUACAGCUUCGAUGCGUUUGUAAGUUUUUCAAUUCUCUUAUUUCUGAUCCUAAUUUCGCAAAGAAGCAUCUUCGUAUGUCAACCAAGCGCCACCACCUCAUGCUAACAAAUUCUUGUGAUUAUGAUUAUUAUUAUGAUCGUGACAUAGUUAUGUGCGAUUCUCCAAUCCCUUCAAUUUUCUCUACUUCUACCGUUGUUACACAAACACAACUUUACAUUCCUAAUACUCUCACAAAUGGACAUCACUGCAUCGACCUGAUGAUGAGCUCUUGCGAUGGCAUAUUUUGUGGUAAGCUCAAUAAUGGUUCUUAUUUCUUAUGGAACCCUUCCAUUAGAAAGUUUAAGUUAUUGCCUCCUUUGCGGAAUCACAAAUGGUCAUUACUAAGCUUUGGAUAUGAUCAUUUUAUUGAUAAUUAUAAGGUUGUUGCCCAUUCUUUCAAAAAAGUGAUUAGUGUUAAUACUUUGGGGACUGAUUAUUGGAGAAGAAUAAAGGACAUUCCAUAUUCUAACCCCAUUUCUGGACAUGGACUAUUUGUUAGUGGCACUGUUAAUUGGUUUGCAUAUGAUGUCAUUAUAUCUCUUGAUUUAGAGAAGGAGUCGUAUCAAAAGCUUCGGCUACCUGAUUUCGACAAUGAAAAUAAUUCGUGGGACGUGGGUGUGGUGAGGGAUUGCUUGUGUGUCUUUGCAAGUAGUGAUGAAUAUUGGGAUGUUUGGAUUAUGAAGGAGUAUGGAAAUCAAGAGUCUUGGACUAAAUUGUACACUAUUCCUAACCUGCAAGAUCAGGAUUUAGAAGCCGAUAGAGCUUUAUAUAUUUCAGAGGAUGACCAACUAUUGGUACAAUGUCAUCAGGAUUGGGCUGAAUGUGACGAUAUGAAGUUGGUUGUUUAUGAUUCUAAAGCUGGCACAUUGAAUUUUCCUGUGUUUCGAAACAACUAUAAACAUACACAUGCCGAAGUCUACAUUGAGAGUCUCAUAUCACCUUAAGCAUUGAUUCAACUGCAACAUAUAUAUGGUUGGCUGUGUUUGUUUGUUUCAAUGGAAGGGUUAUUCAAAAUCAGAAUUGCUCGGGUUCUUUUUGUGGUCUGGAGCUUUGCUAAAGAUGGGAUUGAAAAGGGUAAUAGUUAUAGGGUUAUUUAACUUCUUAAGUUCUGUUUGAUUAUUUCUUCUGGAAUUAAAUUAGACGGUAAAAAACCUAUAUGUUUGGAAUAGAUAGGAUAAACCUGUCUCUGACUUUAUUAUUGUCUGUUGUUUGCCUUGAUAGAACAUGGAUAGGUUGUGUGAUUUUGAAGCGUAGUGAAAUGGAUAAUUGAGGGAUUCUAUAAUUGCAAAAUGCAUUUGGAUGUUGUA